GUUAAAACACUUCUUUGUGUGAAGUAUUACUGUUGCGAUAUGUUUUUUUCGUCGACAUUGUUCGUAACUCUCUCAUUGGGUGUAAUCCCCGCAAUAUUCGGAGACUACGUUUAUGAUGUGUACUCAGAUUAUUCAGAAGAAGUAGAUGAAGUGUUAAACAAUCAUGGCUGUGACCCUAACCAAUGUCUGGCUCCAAAUUGUUCUUGCUUUGGCGUGGUGCCGCUGAAAGGUGAUACCAGCAAGCUUCCUCAAUUUGUUGUUCUUACAUUCGAUGAUGCAGUGACCACUCUCAACAUCAAAACUUACCGUCAAUUGCUGAAUGGGCGAAAAAACUGGAAUGGAUGUCCAGUCACUGCUACGUUCUUUGUCUGCCACGAAUACAAUGACUAUGAAUUCGUGAACGAACUGUACAAACAGGGGAAUGAUAUAGCUGUUCAUUCGAUAACACAUGAAAGCAGCACUGAAAUGUGGAAGAAGGCUUCGUACGACCGCUGGCAGGCUGACAUGACAGGUAUGCGCCAGAUUCUGUCAAAAUUUGCUCGAAUUCCCGCUUCCGAAAUUCAAGGCCACAGAGCUCCUUUCCUACAGACUGCUGGGGACAACACAUUUGCUAUGCUGAAAGAUAAUGGAUUUGCAUACGAUUCCUCGAUGCCAAGUAGAGCCUUCAUGGAUCCACCGUUUUGGCCAUAUACCCUAGACCAUGGAUAUCUGCAAGACUGCCAAAUAUCGCCAUGUCCGGAGUCCUCUUAUCCUGGUUUGUGGCUCUUUCCAAUGAUACAGUGGAAAAGGACAUCCAAAGUGGGCAAUGCUGUCAUUGAUUUCCAUUGCUCGAUGCUGGACGCUUGCACUCCAUAUCCCAAGACGGAAAAGGAAACAUUUGCUUACAUGUUGGAUAAUUUCGAGAGGCACUACACCAGCAACAAAGCACCGCUUCCCGUAUUUUUGCACGAAGCUUGGCUACGAGAUGAACAAAGACUUAAAGGCUUUGAAGCUUUCUUGGAUUCUGUGCUUCAAAAAGAAGAUGUUUUCGUUGUUAGUAUGCGAGAAGUUUUAGAAUACAUGAAGAAUCCCGUUGAUUUAGAGACGUAUAAAUCACAAAGAAAAUGUUUGGUAGAUACAAGACCAAAGGCUGGCGACUGCAAGCCGGUGACGUGUAACUUUCGCAAGCGCAACAUCUUGAUGAAGAGCUGCAUCCCUUGCCCCAAACGGUACCCGUGGCUGGGAAAUCCCGAAGGACAGAUUCAGUAAUGAAUGAAGUGUACGGUGAUUGUGUUCGUGACAACACCUUUUGUGGAUUUUUUUGAUUCAGAAAUUACUUAACUAAAUAUGAUGUAAACAAAAAAGAUAGAUAAUAAAGUGUUUGACAUUGAAAAAAUA